AUGUCGAGCAACUUCCAGUUCGCAUUUCUAGGAUGCCAGAACAACUAUCUAGCUAGUGUCACUGAGAUAGCUUCCGGGAGGCCACUUGGGGCCUCAAUAACGACUACCUAUGGACUCCCAGAUAUAUUUUCUAGCGAAUACCAGAGAUAUGCGGCCCGAAAAUACUUCUUCAACAUCCGCGGACACGAUUUCCUCUCACAUGUAGGGCAAUGGCGCGCCUUGGACCGGGAAGGGACUGUUAAGGCGUGCGGAAAUAGCUAUGCGGAAAUUGAGAACCUCCAAGCACUCGCGAUCGAAAAUAACGCAGCUGCAAAGAAAAACUUUACGGCGAGCUUGAAUGUGAGUUUUGGGCCACGACCUGGUAGUUUCUUCGCAGACGCCUGUGAGCUUAAGAGAUACCGCUGGCGGAAUCUUCCUGCUGGGUUGGAAAAUGAAAUACAGCGGUUGUUGUCAAGCGCAUCUUUUUGGAAAAGAACUGGAUAUGGCAAGAUCUAUGACGUGGCGAUGAAUGCGUCUGAGGGCUGGGUCUUACUCCAGAAGAAAGGCGAGAAGUACACUUGGGGUGGGAUACUGCCAGAGGAGCUGAAGGAAGCACUCCAGCAGGGAAAGGACAGAAAAGCUCCGAUCAGUCGGAUAUUCCUCAACCACCAGCACCCUGACGAAUUUAUGCUUCUCUUCUCUGAUGGGCGCGCCUAUGCGAACCUACACGACGACUUCCGAGAACCCCUCCAGAAUCUGCUCCACCGGUGGGCCGAAAACCGCGGUCUAGGAAUUAGGUUCCAAUAUCAUUUCAGGGCGACCUCCCACUCCUCGCAAGCUUAUCAAAAGGUACUCAACGCUGCCUACUACAACCAGCGGGGGCUCUUCCAUCUCGGGCGGAAUAACGCAUGGCUCGCUCUGCAGUACCUCAAUGAAGCACAUGAUCAAAAUAGUGCCAGCGAUGAGAUUCAUAGUAACUUGGGUAUGGCACUGGUAGCUGUUCGGCACAACGUACGGGACAGGGAGCUGGAACGAUAUCUGUCAAUGCCAGUGGAAGCCAGGCCGAAUCCCAUUGUGCUCAGGGAAGGGGAGUUGGGGAAUUUUCGCAUGUCGUAUGUUGGAAUGGAGGCUCGCGGGUGGAAUAUGAGUGAGUUGGAAAGGAGGUUGGACGUUUUCCGAAGGGGAAAGGGAAGGGGAAGGGGAAGCGAGCUAGAUGGGGCAUGGACGUUUGAAAUGGGUUGUCCGGAAAAAAAUGGUGUUGAUGAGAAUGGGCCGGUAGAGAUGGCAGGAGCUCCGCUAGAUGGGAUAGUGUAUUCGCAUGAAUUGAGAGGGGGAGAUGAACAUGAUGAUGAAACGAGUUCAUCUAAUAAUAAGCAACCUUGA